AUGGUACUACAGUAUGAUGAGAGCGUUCGCAACCUGCUGUAUCGGAGAUCAUGCCAAUACACGCAGGGUGAGCGCUCAGGAGGCCACGUCGAGGAGGCCGCCGACCUCGUCGAGAAGGUGAAGAACUUCACCAAGCGUUAUCCGAAUAGUCGGACAGCUUAUGCUUGCAGAGCUGAGGGGGGAUGCACUCCCGACGCUAUCGCUGAAGCCAUCCGCUCGACAUGUCGGCAGGCGAGACGCGACCUGUUUGAAGACUCUCUGAGCGAAUGGAGCUCAGAGUCGAAAGCAUGGUUUAUUCAACAGAUGGAGGAGGCCAAGAAGCAGAAUGUCGAGACAUACAUCGGCACCGAAGACACCGAGGGGACCUCCUUCAUCUCCAUGACUCUCCUGGGCAUCUCCUCGAUGUAUGUGCGACAAGAAGACAAAUUGAAAAUGAAGUUGACGGAGCUGGGACUCAUAGUAGACUCAGUCGAUAGAGACGACAAGUCCAUCAUGUGGAAAGCACCUUACAGACCUGAGAUAGCACGAGCAGACGACAUCUCAGUCACCAUCUCCUUCCUUCGGAAUGAAGCAGCCAUCGCACUCUGGCAAGGCAGCAGAGAGUACAGCAUGGACGGGCGAGUUUUCAGAGCAACUGAAGUCAGCAUUGCACACGACCGGUCGUUCAAGCUCCGAGCCAAGCGAGGACCUUGGGGCAAGGGAGGGAGCCUUGCCGAGCUAUCGCAGCUCCUAGCUCUUGGAGGAAUGUCGACGGCGGACAUAGCUCGGAUCUAUCAAUUCCAACUGAUCUCGCAAUGUCUCGCUGCGGCAGAGGUACAACCGCUGGCGGGCAUGCUCGUGCAGGGUGCUGGGCAGAGAGGUCGCAAGGGGCCGAGCCCGAAGACGUAUGUUGCUGUUCAACGCGACGACGCCAAGCUCAGAGAGACGUUUGCAGUCGAGCUCACAGCAGACACCUUCGUGCCGAGAGGAAAGAUUGCCAAGCAGAGAAAGCAGAAGAUACAUCAGCUGCAAGCGCUGGCCAGGUAG